AAUGAUUCGACCUGGGGUCAUCCUUGGGGAGGCGCCCGUCCUUCAUAUCUAUGCGCCCCCCGUCCCAACAGACGCUCUCUGAUUCCUUCCCUUCUGUAAAGGGACAUAUUCUUUCUGUCUUGCCUUCGCGUUUCAGCUCGUCAGGCUUUACUUUGAUGUCCCUGAACUGAACGCCCAGCCAGCCGGCUCUGGCUCAUCAGCUUUGUUUGGGAAAAUACGAGCUCGAAGCGUCAGACAGCGCAGGACUCGGUUUCAGAGACUGCUCCUUUCUUCUGCCGUCUGCCAGCACUGAGGAUCUUGGCAUUGAAUAGACGAUAUAAUUAUUACAUUUGAUAGUCCUCUCCCGCCAUGUUCGGUUCGAAGAAGUUUUACUUCCCCACACGAUGGCGGAAUCACAAUCUUCUGUACAUACUUAUGGGCGUUGAGCUACCGCUGGUGGUUAUCCUCCUGACAUUGACCGGCAUUGCGAAUCAUGACCUCUAUCGCACGAAACUAUGGCAGGAUGGGGCCGACAACGGUUUCAACAGUGCUCCCAAUGAGGCAAUCUACGCUGCAGCUAAUCACCGCCCUUAUACAGCACCAAUGGUGUGGAGUUCAAUUAUAACCCGAUACAACCUCGUUCUCGGUAUCUUAAGUGUUUUCAUGUGGAUCACGAAAAUCCCACUUCAUAUUCUUCAUAUGCUAUACCCGCCCAUCUGCGCCUUUGUUCACGCUGGCCUGGUUGCAGUUUGGAUAUACUCUGUGCGGUAUCAAGCAGGGCCCGACAUGUCUGACCCCGACCACCCUCAACCCGGUGCACCGUGGUAUAUCACCAAGAAAUGCUCCGUGGCCAAGGUGAACUCAAACGUCAAUUACUGCCAACAAGCAAAAGCGUUGUUCGCAUUUUCCAUCAUCACCAUUCUUUACUACAUGGCCAUCACGUGCAUUGCGCUGCGAAAUUGCAUUGUCACCGACGAGGAGCGAAAUGAGAUCGAGGAGCGCCGUGAGGACGAGCGAGCCAUGAAAGAGUUCGAGGACUUCGUGAUCAAAUCUCCAGGGAUCCCAAUGACCCCAAUGCAUCCUCUGGGGAUGCCACCCAAGUCACCCCUGCAUCACGUUGCUACCGCCCCGAGCGAUGGAGGGUCGUCUUCAGAUCUGCCCCUGCGCCAACAUUUCAGUACGCCGCAUCCACGUCGCUCAAUGCAACAAGAUUCAGCGGAGUCGCUGUCGGGCCUUCAGCCCCAACCCCAGCCGUAUUUCCCGCCACCACCGAAAAAAACCGGCUAAGAAGUGAGCUCUGUUCGCUGUUUGGUGGAAAUGAUAACACAAAUGAUGGUCGUUAGAUGAUUGUUGACUGAAACAACGAGCUUGGUUAUAAGCGUUCAAGCAGUCUGCCGUUGCACAACCACCUCACGUCGUCGUGCAUGCCAUGUCCUCUUUACUCAUUGUCACGAGUGUCCAUUUUCAUGUCUCAUGCAUUGUUCAUACCCCAUUUGAAUCCGAAAUGUUUGCCGGUCAAGAAUCCAUAGUUAAUAUUGUCAUCUCAUGCACAAUCUGAACAUAGCUCAGUCCAGCGACAGAAGAAACAGUUUCGUU